UUCUUUUGUAGCGUGUUGUGUUGAACCAGGCCCCAUUGAGCCCUGACGGGUUCGUGGAGGCGCAUGCUGUUCAACUUCGAGACUUCCUCUGUUUGUUUUUGUUCGUAUCGUGUGUAAAAAGUUUGACGUAACGGGAUAGCCCGUGUGCAGAGGGAAUGUCAGUCAGUGACGCAGGCAACGUCACUACAAAGAUAGAGGGUGAGACACGAUUGUCUGGCAACGUCACGAAAAGAACGACAAACCCUCCGCCUCUCAACGCGUCUUCUUUCUUUGGGUCAGGUGUCGAGUCACACGCGCCUCAGCCGAGCGUGGAGGCUCCCCAGUAUCCCCCCAACGAACCGCUGCGCACGAACCCCCCUCUCCAGCCCUUAUUUGAGGCUCCCAUGUUCAGACCGCCACCCGACCUGGUUCCCAAAGCUAAGCACAGCUUACCAGACACAACGCAGACGGCCGCUCCGAUGCCGGCCAGCCCCUCGGUGGCCGCCAAGCCUCCCGCCGCGCCAGCAGCUGCAGCGGAGAAGGCUGGCGUGUCCCAUGACAAAGGAGACACGGGUGGCGUGCGUGAGGAGGUGGUGGUUUGUGUGCACGGGUGUCUUGGUCGUUGGUCGGCCAAGUGGGCGUGUGAGGGCGGCUAUGCGGGUGAGGCGGAGCACCCCAGGAGCGCCCAUAGCCUCAUCGCACAGUUCGACGCCGCAUACCAAAAGAACCCCUUCCCGAACGACGAGAAGGGACGCGACACGUGGUACUUACACACAUACACACAUACAAAAUGCACGUAUUGCAUGCGGACACAUCCAUGCCUGUGAGUGACAGAUAGACACAUGGACACCACGACACAUGUUCAGUCUCUGUGCUUGUCUCCUGAAGGCCCCUUGUGUGUGACAUCGUUGCCUUCUGUGCUGGUGUGCACACAGGUUCAAGUCUCAGUCGUUUUUCAAGACGAUCGGCAAGCGGACACAGCGUGAGUUCCUGGACGACCUGACCCUCACGCUCGACUGCCGGCGGCUCAUCCGAUGCGCCGCCGACGUCAGAAACCGACUCGCGGCGACACACACAGCAGACAAAGCAACGGACAGGGUGAGUGGGUGAGACAGACUGUCACAGAGAUGCGAAGAAACACCGACGUCAUCUAGUGAAGCGUCCCUGAUUUUCUUGUGUCAGAUGGAUGAGGAUACUGGCGAUGAUCCCGCGUCACAGCUGCGAUCGGUACAUGAACAUAGCAAAAGCAUAUUUACUCCAUGCACUGCACUUUGUAGGUUUUCUCUGUGCAGGUUUCGCGUGCCCUUCAGGAGCGCAUCAAAGAGAUAGCCGCCGUGAGAGCCAAUGCCCAUAAUGAACACGGAUAUGCUCUGUCUGGACUGUCCAUUGGUUGUUUGUGCAGGUGCGCCUGUCUAUCGAUCAGAAGCGACACCUUCGCAGACUCAUUCGCAAGGAAAAGGAGGUGCGCACGUCAUUCACCGACGGACACCAAAGAGAGCCGUGUGCACUGAAUGAUCUGUCACUCCUUGCUGUGUCAGGAAUUGGCGAGCAGACGGGUGCCGACGACGACUGUCACUUCACCCGAAGACGAGCGUCGCAACAGAGACGUAAGUUAGGCGAUGCCAUCCUGACGUUCGGUUCGUUUACUAUUUAUGCAUUGUCGCAUGCAGCUGGGUAUGGAGAUCGGGCGCAAGGAGGAGGCACUGCAGGUCUGUCUGUCCGCCACCUGCAUGCACAACUAGCUUCAUCCGCCCGCACAAACAUCGAUGGUUGUUUAUCUGUGUGUGUGUGUGUGUCAGGAGCUGACAGUAAUGAUCCGCAACGAGAAGGCGCGCCUGACUGAGCUGGAGAGCUCACAGAAGGACCAAGAAGACAAAUACAAGGUCGCUCAGACUGCCACUCACGCACCCACCCACCAUCCACCGAUGGAUCUCUCUCGCUGUGGUUGGUCUGUCAGAGUGCGAACAGCAAGUCUCGUCUGUCCAAGCCCACCGCUCCCAUGUUCCAGGAGUGGCUAUCGGCCUCUCGCAGAUCACCGGUAACCACAACAAGACACCACCUGAGCACCAGACGGACACACUCACAGCUCUGUGUGUUCCCUUUUGGUCAAUUAGCACCGGCCUCUGCCCGACGGCGGCCCUCCCGCCAAGAUGUCCCGUCAGGCGGACAAGUCAGGCGCCUCGCCGCCCAGACCAUCCGCCCCCCCUCCGCCUCCCACGCCACAAAACGGUGCACUCGGUCUCCUCCCCCCUGUCGAGAGGGGGGAUGGAGCGACGCACGAGAUGAACGACCACCCGCUCCUCCCUGUCAUGGGCGGCGAGGCCGAGGCCAGGGACAUGGACGCCAAGGCGCCGCCGCACCCUUCGCUGACACUUCCUGACGGCCUGUCCGAGUCACGGCACGCCAGCAGCUCCAACCAGAGUGCAGCCAAUGGCGAGCCCGACCCAAGCGUUUUCCCGCCCACUUUGCGUCUGCGUGCGCUGAUCCCCGACCGUCAGCCUCUGGGCGUCUGCCCGUGGCGGCCGACCAAGAGGGACCCGUGGGCCAAGGUCCGCGUGUGCUUCAACAAGAUCCAGGGCGAGUACGUCAACAUCAAGGACUUCCACACCUCACAGUGGCCUAUGAAGGAGGCCUAUCGCGAGGCCAUCAAGAUCCGCAACAACAUCGCAGCCAGACUGGGCCUCGCGCCCAUCCCCAUCGACCAGGCUGACCACGUCCUCGACACAGAGGACUGGAGCAAUUACGAGACCCUCGACACCGCACCCAAACGACGCAAGAGACGGCAGAACAAUGAGCCCCCCGGCCCGGCCCCCGUCCCACACACCCACAGCCGCCGCAUGAAGGUGUCGCUCAUCGAGCAACUCAGGUCACUCCUGCCGCCCGAGGCACCCCUCGGCCUCUCUGCCGUGCCCAGCACCACCCACGCUGCACCGCCGACGGCCAUCGAAAAGAUCAUGGUGGGGUUCCGCCAGCAGGAGGGCCAGCUGAGAGAGGAGGUGGUUUGUGCGGAUUUCCCCUCCCUCAGGGAGGCCGUCGAGUGUGCGGUGGAGAGGCGCAACGCCAAGGCCGCUGAGUGGUCGCUGCACCCGCUGCCCAGAGAACAAGUGGACGCCAUUCUGCAGCAGGUGGACUGGGCCAAGUGGGAGGGGUUGGGGGGCGGGGCGGAUGACCAUGUCGAGGAUGACAUGGACGAGGCUGGCGUGGCGAGCCACACCACCGAAAGUCAGGGACGGAUGCGGCGGACGGUCAAGGCGGAGCCCGGCGAUGUCCCCCACCAUCCUCAGCAGCACGGCGAGCAGUCGGACGGGAGUGAGUGUGAGGAUGAGGAGCAGCCGCUGCAGAUGCGACUGCACCGUGCCACCCUUGACCUCAUGAAGGACUUGCGGCGGCGGGUCACCGACCGAGUCAGGGCCCUCACGUCAGCCGACAGCGACUCCGUCUACCUGGGCAUCUACAUGAGCAACAAGAAGGCUGCCUUCUUCGCAUCCGUCAAGGAGGAGGCGGUGCCCUGCGCACAGCAGAAGAGGGGAUCGCUGAGACGCGUCGCUAAGCUAGGUGAACAAACACCACACCAAACCACACCACACCACAACCACAUGCACAUGCGCUAUGGUGGGCCAUUUGACUCUAUCCUCCUCUCUUUGUGUGCGAUGAUGUCACUGUCUGUCAGGGUUGCGUGGUGCCUUUGCCAUGGCGGCGUCGGAUCGCGACCGGCUGGCCGAUGCCGUGGGGAUUCCCCGCCUGCCCGACCCGGCCACGUACGCGGACAUCAUGGAGGAAUUCGACUCAGGCGAACGCGCAAGUGACAACCAACCGGACCAACCGCAUGUGAGAGGUUGAGAGAUGGCAUGCAUGACGACACGCCUGCACCCUUCUCUCCUUUUAUCUCUCUGUGUUGCCUUCAGGCUCCCGUCCGUGGUCGGGGCCGUGGUCGUAGUCGGGUUGGCCGUCCCCCCAAGAUACGACGCGUUCAGCCGCUCGGCUUCGACUUCGAUGGAGUGAUCAAGCAGGAGGACGGGGAGGGGGUCGUCAGGCGGGGCAGGGCGAGGGGCCGCGUGGGCCGGGCGACCACAAGGAGCAGAGGUGGCCGGGGCGGCGGUGUGUCGACACGAGGGAGGACCAUUCGGUAUCGCGACAGUGAGUCAGAUGAGGACGAGGAGGAAAGCGAGGAUGACGCGGACUCGCUCUAUCGCGUACCAGCGAGGCGGCGAAACGACGGCCGCACGGCGGCUGAGAUGAAGGCUGAGAUGGCCAAGCGCCUGCUGGCAGGUGAUGCGGAAGACAUUGACAUGGACCAAUACACAGGUGGGUCGGUUGGAUUGGGUGGGUGGGCACCACAGGACAGAUAGAGACGGAGGGGAUGAUCUGUUGUGUGUCAGGCGGGGGACGCAAGCGUCGGCGGAAGGUGAAGCGUGACGAGUCGCCGAUGGACAUCGACUUCAGUGCAUCAGGUGAGCAGUCACCCACAUCCAUGCGCGUAUGUGAGCUGUGGGUGCAUCCUUUCUCUUUCAGUUGAGAUGAAAGGCAGCGUGUCCCCCUCCUGCAACGACGAGCGUAUCCGUGCGGCCCGCAUGGCGGCUGCGAUGCCCCUCCCCACCACCUCCCUCUCCCUCGUCUCGCCCUCACCCUCAUCCAGGGACUACCAGGCCUUCCUGAGCUUCAUGCGACAGAGGGAACAGCAGCAGCAGCAGCAGCAACAGCAGCAGAUCGUGGCGGCAGGGGCGAGCAGGGAGGUCGGUGGACCGAGCCAGAAUGAGCUUUUUGCUCAACCUGGCUGUAGUCGUGAGGAUGGUCGGGUCGGCAUGCCGACGUCGAUGCUUUCGCUGUGCCCGGCGGACGUCGGCAAGCCGCAUCUCAACGGCAGACCGCGGCUGAUCGCUACGUCACGUCCACCAUCUGGCGGGUCGAAGAUGGUCGAGUCGCCUUCCUGCCAACAGUAUUCGAGCGUUCCCCUCAGGCCUCCGGCUACCAAGGCGGGCCUGGAUGAUCGGCGCCCAGAGCUUGCUAUGGCAGAGAGCGGGUGAGUCAGUGGGAGGCGACACGUGUGAAGUGGGUGAUGCGGCUGUGUGGCAUGCAGUGUCGCUUCGUCUUCUUCUCUUGCCCUCACUCACGCCUUGGCUGGAGGGUCGGCGGACGCUGAGAUGGGAAAGGAGGCUGGCCAGCUCAAUGGCGACUGGAAUGAGUACAUCGAUGCCAUGAAGGCCUCGCAGCGGCCUGAUCUGCUGGCUGUGGUGCCCUUCUUUGAACACGUAAGCAGGCCCGUCUGCAUGUCGUGCAUCUGACCAUUGUUGCAUGUUGCCUGUUUGUCUGCAGGGUGAGGGUCAGAGUCUGCCUCCAAGUGAGGUGCUGGCGACUCUACGCGACGACCGCACUGUGUUGUGUGAGGCCAUGGGUGUGGCCCACCCCGCCACGAUUCUCGACCUCCACGCCUUCCUCACGGCGGGCGGAGACAUCGACAAGAUGGAGAGGGGCAUGAUGGCUGGGGCCGACCGAGACUUCGCGGCCCUCAGCCGCAUGGACGCCCUGUGGCUGUCUCGCGCUCUCAAGGACCACCACGAGCAGGACGGUGCCCUGAAGGCGGCCAUCGAGCAACUGGCAGACAUUAUCCUGAGGGCAAGUCGAUGCAACGCCACACGUCUGGAUGUCAUUGUGCGUUUUGUGUGUCAGCUGGAGAUCUCUGGGUCGAGUCUGCUGCGUGUGUGCAAGUACCGCAGCAGCGGGUCGUCCCCCCCGACAUCCACGACCUCACAUGCCGACCGGCAGCUGAGUGUGGAGGAGGAGGUGGUGCGUGAGAUGGGCCUGGAGCUGCCGCUGAGGGUCUACAUCAAAGUCAGACACGUACUCAAGAAGGCACUCGGAGACAUAGGGGCACUGACCAUGGCCGACUGACUGACAUGAACCAGCUUGCCCAUCAGGUCGUCGCCUUUUUUCAUUGUGUGGUGGGGAGGUGGGGAGAUGGAUCGGUGGAUAGAUCGGUGGAUGAGUGUUUCUGGCAUGCUUUAUGAUGCAAGUGGGUCAAUGAUGACCGCGCUGCAUGUGUUGGCGAACAUUGACGUGCAGAUGAACACACUGGAACUCCCGCCUGCAUGUGGCACGAGUCUAUUCAACAGUCAG